CAACCACCAUUCAGCCAACAUGUCGAGGCCAUCGAGGGCUCUCCUCGUGGUGGCCCUGGCCUCCCUCGCCACCCUCCAUGGGCUCUCCGGCGUCGACGCGACCGUGGCGGAGACAUGCUCGGCGGCGUCCAACAGCGACCGGCGCGUCAACUACGACUUCUGCGUGUCGGAGCUGAACAAGCACCGCGACAGCCCCGGCGCGGACGCCUGGGGCCUGGCCAAGGUGGCGGCCAACGUCGGAGUCAACAACGCCGGCGCCGCCGUCAACGACAUGGAGGCCCUGCUCGCCGCCAAGCAGCCGCCGCCGGACGCGAGGGCGACCGCCGCGCUGCGGCUGUGCGAGAAGCUCUACUACGACAUGGAGCUCGCGUUCGCGGGGGCCUACGACGAGACCAACGCGCGCAACUACACGGCGGGGAAGCAGAUGGCCGCCGACGCCGACUCGCUGGUGCGCCGGUGCACCGGCGGCUUCUCCGAGGCCGGGCUCCAGCCGCCGGAGCCGGUGGCGCGGCGCAGCGCCUACGCCGUGCAGAUCGCCAUCGUGUGCACGGCCAUCACGAACCUCCUCAUCAGUCCAUGAAGUGACGCGUCCACGAUUUGGAUCGCCAACAGGAUGUUCUCUUUUCCUCGAGGCUUAUUAACGAUCUUGUAGCAAAAUAAUCGGAAGGUUCUUCCAGCAGUAAAUGGUACGUAGGUAGGUUUUGCUUGCUUUA